AUGGAAGCGCGUAAAUCCGAUUUCUCAUCUAUAUUGCAGUCGUCCACAAACCUCACCACCCACAUUGCUCCUGGCAUCCCACAAAUCAAUCUCAAUCUCAACCAGAUUCAUACGCAAUCAAAGACAUUACGUGAAAAGACUCGUGCUUCUCAACGCACAAAUGCUGCGGCCCCACAGGAUGUCAAAGUCACAAGGCUAUUCGCCGAAACCGGCGUCAGCUUCAACUCGGAACGAGUCCAACAUGCCCUCUCCCAAAUAUCCGCUGCUGCCCAAAUAGUAGAACCUGCAAGCAUAGUAGGUGAUACCGAUGUAGAAGGCUAUCUGGCGGAUCAAUUGGAAAAGAGCAUCUAUCGAACUGUAGAAAGAACUCGCAUAAAGACUCAAAAGGACUUUGAUGCCCGCAUGGAUGCUACGUUCCAACGUGUAUGGGCCGAACAAAAGAGACUCAUUCUCGAAGACAUAUCUAGUAAUGGUACCGACAUGACAGGAAUCAUGGCUGGUGGUGCUACUCCAGUCAAGAGUUGGGCUGGUGGAAUGGCUGCCGGAAAGACUCCUGCUUCCAUGUCCAUGACUCCUGCCGGUGCUAUGGGUGGAAUGGCAACAACAGGCAAUAUGAUGAACAUAAAUAAUACACCCCUCCCUCCUCAACUAAACCUCAACCAACAAGCGAAACUACGACAAUACGCGAAUGUAGUAGCAUCCAUAAACAACUCACGAAUCAAAGACGACCCAUACAAAGCCAUGACCACAUUUAGAGAAGUCGCCUCCAAAGUAAACGUAACAAACGAUAUCGCUCAAAAACAACUGGGAGACUGUUGGAGCUACUUGAUCAAAGUAUUCGAAUCUGGAGGACCUAGUGCCAUCACACGACAAGAAGAACAAAUCAAACCAGAAUCUAGUCUUAUAUUUAGAGCAUGGCUUGUACGUAAAGGUAGAGAAUAUUUACAGGAACAAAUGUGGGCUCAUGUACAACUAGAUGUACAACGUAUGAGAGCACCACUCGGCGCAUUGCCACCUCCAGAAAAAGUAGUAGCUGCAUGGGUUAAGAGCAUAUUAUAUAGAUUCAACAAAUGGACUGCAUCACCUCCACUCGUAGUAGUCAACGAUACUCCAAUCUGGGCGCAAGUUUUCUACUUGGUACGAACAGGGCAUACAGCUCAAGCCCUCGCAUUUGUAGAAACUCGCCAAAACGAAUUCGAAAAUGAAUUUGUAACGGCAUUCAAAGCAUGGGUUGAAUCUCCAGAUCGUCGCAUAUCACGUCCUAUGAGAGACCUCAUCACAUCUGUUUGGAGCACACGAUUCGCAAAGCCAGCUGUACCCGAAGACCCAUAUAAAGUAGCUCUAUUCAAACUACUAGGUCGGUGUGAAUUAUCGAAAAAGAACCCAGGUCAAGAAGUCGCUUCAAACGCUGAAGACUAUCUAUGGUAUCAACUAUGUCUAGUGCAAGAAGACACUACAGACUUGGCACCACCUGAAAAGUACACUAUAAGAGACGUUGCCAAACAUUUGAUGGGCUUUGGAUCUCAACAUUUCGCUCCUCCUGGUAAACCACCGACUAUAUGGUUCCAGAUACUCUUGUUGUGUGGUGAAUUCGAGCGAGCUGUAGAGCAUUUGGCUGCUCAUCCUGAUUACGGUGUUGAAGGAAUUCAUUUUGCUAUUGCUUUGGCAUAUCAUCAGGCACUCAGAGUUCCAGAAUCUCCUUAUGCUGCGGAUGUUGGGUUGGAGAUGUGUGUCAUUCGUCAAGGAGCACACUAUGAAGUCGUGUACUUGAACUUCGUCAGGCUCUUACAAUCAUACGUGAAAUUCUUUGCAAAGAGUGAUCCAGCAGAUGCCGUCAACUAUUACAACCUCAUUGGACUAUAUGCAGCACCGUUAGGAGAGGCCACUCUCUACCCAACCCCACGAGGCCCAGGCUCAGGUGCAACACCAGGCUCCCGCCAAACAACAAACACAUCAAUCCCAUCAUCACGAGAUUACGCACGAGCACUAUAUAAUAUACUCAUAGAUUUGAUCCUUGCAACUCGAGACUUCAAGACUCUAAUCGGCGAAUCACGACCAGAUGGUACACGAUCCGAUAGUGUUAUUUCCAAAUCCCUAUCCGUAAUCCACAUAAAAUCCCAAGAAGAAUUCUCGGCCCGUCUCGUUCGCCCUGCUGCUGAAAGAGCUGAGAAGGAAGGAAGAUGGGAAGAUGCACUAAAGCUACGUGAUUUGGCUGGUGAUUAUGAUGAUGUAGUUGGAUUAUUGAUUUCGAAAUUGGGUGAUGGGUUGAUGAUGAGGGCUUCUACGGCUCCUUUCGUGAUGUUGCAAGAAGGUGGAGCUGCGUCUCCUCUUACGGUUGUAACGGCGCCCAAGGAGGUCGAAGAGGCAGUCAAGAAUGCUGAAAGUUUGGCAGAUUACUAUAAAAAGAGACCCAAUACUGCAUCCAAGAUAUCAGAUGCUCGACAAUCUACACUCAGGAUCUUGUUGGACUUGCACAAGUUCUAUAGAGCCUAUGAGGCCGCUCAACCAGAGGCAAGCGAUCAAUACCACCCUCUGCGCAUCCUCCCAACAACACCCGACGUAACCUCAACCCAACAAAAGGCCGAACAAGCCAAAGCACUUGAUGCAUCCAUUAUGAAAUCCUUUGCAUAUAUUAUUUUGCAUACAAUGGGAUGUCUCUACUUGCUAUACACUGCUGCUGUGUCACAAAUGUAUGUAGAUGCUGCACGAGAAGAACGAAUUCGAGAAUUCAAGGCCCGAUCAAAAGCUAUUGCACUCUUCACUGGUGUAUUGCAGUUUAGAAUGGCUGCUGAUGCGUACUCAAGGCUUAUGAGGUUUGUUGUGUAUAUGGAGUAA